AUGUCUAUGCAGUGUAUGUUUCCAUUCAUAAUUAAAACUGCUGUUUUAUCACGAUUUUCAUUUUGACAUUAAUGACAACACUUUUCAAGAAAUGAGAAAGGCUAUCGCGGAUAUGACCAACGUAUGCUCAUUUCCAUACUUAAUACUGGUAGUUUAAAAAUAGUCCUAGCCACGCAAAUUGGAAAUAGAACAGGAACUACAAGUAGGUUAACCCAUGGAGUGAGUGUUGAGCACCUUAUUUGCAUUGGGAAUCACGGUCGGAAAACAUACAAACUAACAUUGGCUUGCUUGACUUACAGUCUCAUACUAGGACUAACCCCCAUGGGUAAAUACAUAAGCCUGUUGAUCCUGCUUUUUUGGUCUAGAUUUUGCAGAAGCGCACAGGCUCCAGGGUGCGGGGUUCGGAAAAUUCUACCAACAAGUCGUAUCAUAGGUGGAGAAACGGCUUUCCCAAACUCUUGGCCAUGGAUGGCUUAUAUUGAACUUGGUCCUGCCUCACAUCAAUGUGCGUCGCUGUGCGGUGGAAGCCUUAUUGCCCCACAGUGGGUGUUAACAGCUGGACAUUGCCUAUAUACACCAGAAUAUUGUCCUGAUCAACGAAAAUGGAAGGUGUCUGAAAUUUCUGUUUUCCUCGGAGUCCACGACCGAGAGGACCUGAAAGGGACCGUGAAGCGAGGUGUGGAGAAGGCCAUUUACCACCGUGAUUAUCACCAUCCCAACCACGAUAGCGACAUAGCGUUGUUGAAGUUAUCCUCCCCGGUGCAGUACAGUGACCGUAUAAGUCCUCUGUGCAUGGCGAACGUCCCUGGAAUAGUGAGCGACGGCGCACGGUGUAUGGUGACUGGCUGGGGAUUGACGGCAGCAUGGUCAAGGGUGCCGAGCAGAUAUUUGAUGGAGGUUUUGGUAACUUAUACGUCGGCAGCAACGUGCAGAGCCACGUCUAAAUACACUGCUGCGCAGAUUACGAACACCAUGAUUUGUGCUGAAGACCCGGGAAAGGAUUCUUGCUCAGGCGAUUCAGGUGGUCCAUUGAUCUGUCCUUUUCCUACCAGUUCGGGCAAUGUCUGGAAGCAGAUUGGAGUCGUUAGCUGGGGUAGAGGAUGCGCCCUUCCAAAUUACCCUGGAGUGUACGCCAACGUCUCUGUAUUUUAUGAGUGGAUCAGGACAACGACAAACAUGGGCGUAGAUUGCAAACAGUUUGGCUGUGAUCAGUACUGCAGUCAGCAAGACCCCAGAUUCCCACCCGUCUGUUACUGCCAACUUGGAUACACCUUACAGCCCGACCACAAGAGUUGUAAAGAUAUAAAUGAGUGUGCAGGCACUCAUGGAUGCUCUGACAUUUGUGUCAAUACCCCCGGGAGUUUUAAAUGUGAAUGUAACAGUGGACGAACCUUGUCCAAUGACCUGAAAACUUGUGCAGCAAGUCAGCGUUUUGUCUGCCCAAGGCCGGCCAGGCCGUUGCAUGGAUUCGAUACUUGUCAACAAGACAGGUACUUACCUGGCGACACCUGUCUCCAAACCUGUAUUAGUUCUGGGUUUGUCCUAGAAGGGAAAUCUCGGAGGGAGUGUGGGCAGGACGGAAUUUGGACCCCCCCUGUAGCCAAGUGCAGAGACAUAAACGAAUGCUCAAAGAACAAUGGUGGCUGUGAGCAGAAAUGUUACAACUAUCCUGGAGGUUUUUCGUGUGGGUGCAACAGUGGAUUUGAGCUAGACAACAAUGGGAGAACAUGCAAAGAUAUAACCCCACCGGUGUUCACCAAGUGUCCGGGUAAUGUUAACGUACCUACCCUCCCAGGGAUGAACCACAAUGUUGUCAACUUAGAACCUGUCCAGUAUUCCGAUAAUGUGAAAGCCCACCUUGUCACCGGCCCAGGGGCUCAGGUGAUGAAUUUUUCCAUUGGCAUCCACACUGUGAAGUACGUGAUCGCUGACGAUGCUGGGAACACCGCCCAGUGUAGUUACACUGUGACAGUGAGAGAUGACGAAAAACCGAAAAUCAAAAACUGUCCAUCAUCUUUAACGAGAACAGUGGAAAAUAAUAUUAGACGAACUCGGGUGUCAUGGGACGACUUGGACAUUUCGGACAAUUCCGGGAACUUUACCGUCCACACAAAUGCGCCUCAAGACCGCUUGUUUUCCGUGGGUUCUUACAGAAUAAUAUACACAGCUAUGGACCCUAGCAGGAAUUCAGAGGAAUGUCAAUUUGAUGUGAAUAUUACAGUAUCAGCCAGAGCAGUUUGUCCGCCCCUUCAAGCGCCUUCCAAUGCCGAUGUGCUGUGUUACUUUGCUUUAGGGGUCACAUAUUGUGUGAUACAAUGCAAAACUGGGUUUAUCCAGCCUGUCCAGAAUCACAUCUUCUACCUUUGUACGAUGGAGGGAAAGUGGACACCCACAGACUCGGCGCAAGGUUGCAUUCCUGCGAAAUAAUUAUGACUUGAAAACCGUUGUUCACGAAGAACAUGUUCACAACGUGACUACAUGUAUCUAAGACCGUAAAAUACGUAACUGAUACUUUCAAAUGCUGUGUUGAGCAAGCUGGUUAGAUGCGACGCAAGUAAGACUGUUUUCGGUAAGUUUGCCUGGGUGUGAACACAGCUUUAAUGACCUUAAUGGACUUUUUGCUGAACUCUUCUAGCAUGUUUGACAGUGUUCCUUCAUUGCAUCACCCUUUACAAAUAAAUGAUGUGAUUAGUCUGGAAUCCUGACUGGAUCCGCGGGUAAAUAAAGAUCACGUGUUUGGACUUGAGCUUCGUACUGGAACAAAAAAGUAAAGUCCUGAGACAUUGAAUUAUUCAUGAUUGUACCUCUAAGGAAAUGAUACCAUGUUAUGUUUUUAGAUCUUGGAGUCAUUAAUUGCUUUAGUGUCUCUUCUUUUUAUUUAUUUAUUUUUAUAUAUUUAUUUAUUUAUUUUUAUUAUUAUUAUUAUUAUUUUUUUUUUUGCAAAUGUCUCAUGGAGUGUUGAUUAGUGUUCAACAUAUGCGAAAACGUAAAACUUUUAUAUUAUAUAUACAUGUAUGUACAAGUCAAAUUUCUAUGGACAAUCAAACAGCUGUUUGUUAAGGCAAAGAUGCAAUAUUUGAACGAAAGGUUUAUAGAUAUAUGAGAAUAAAGAAAAUUUGCCACGCAGGUUUCAGAGU